ACAAACAAAAACUGCACUUCAAUGGAAACCAAGAAGCUUCACUCUCGUUUCUCACUCGGCAGACAAUCUUCCCUCGCACCGGAUCACGACGGUUCCGCCACCGUCAACUCACUGGUAACCGACUCCGUAACUGUAACCGACUCCGUAACUGUAACCGACUUGGUGGAUCCCACCGUUCGGUUGAUGUAUUUAGCGAACGAAGGUGACUUAGAAGGAAUCACCGAACUUCUAGACGACGGUAGUGACGUCAAUUUCCGUGACACUGACGGCCGCUCCGCUCUUCAUGUCGCCGCCUGUCAAGGCCGAACCGACGUUGUCGAAUUGUUGCUUCAAAGAGGCGCUGAAGUUGAUGUUCAAGAUCGUUGGUGUAGCACUCCUCUUGCUGAUGCGUUGUAUUAUAAGAAUCAUGAUGUUGUUAAGCUUUUGGAGCAGCAUGGUGCAAAACUGAAGGUGGCUCCUAUGCAUGUCCAGAAUUCCCGUGAAGUCCCAGAAUAUGAGAUUGAUUCUUCUGAACUUGAUUUUACAAAUAGUGUUUGCAUAACAAAGGGAACUUUCCGGAGUGCAAUUUGGCGUGGAAUUCAAGUAGCUGUUAAAACUCUUGAGGAGGAUGUGUUCACCGAUGAUGAUAAAGUGUGGGUUGGUCUAAUUAGUAAUUAUACAAUCUGUUGUUUUAUUCAUAUUAAUUGGAUUAUUCAAUUCACAACUUGUAUUCCCAUGUCCUUCAGAAAGGCAUUUCACGAUGAGCUUACAUUACUUCAGAAAGUAAGGCAUCCAAAUGUUGUCCAAUUUUUGGGUGCUGUGACACAAAGCACCCCAAUGAUGAUUGUCACUGAGUAUCUACCUCAGGGGGAUCUUUGUGCCUACUUGAAGCGGAAAGGUGCACUAAAACCAAUAAUAGCUGUGAAGUUUGCACUUGAUAUUGCUAGGGGGAUGAACUAUUUGCAUGAACAUAAACCUGAAGCCAUAAUACACCGAGAUCUUGAGCCUUCAAAUAUUCUCCGGGAUGAUUCUGGGCAUCUGAAAGUUGCAGACUUUGGAGUUAGCAAGUCACUCAAAAUCACUAAAACAGUCAAAGAAGACAAACCUGUGACAUGCCAGGAUACAUCAUGGCGGUAUGUUGCACCAGAGGUCUACAGAAAUGAGGAAUAUGACACCAAAGUGGAUGCGUUUUCUUUUGCUCUGAUAUUACAAGAGAUGAUUGAAGGUUGUCCACCAUUUUAUAGAAAGCCAGAAAGUGAAGUUCCUAAAGCAUAUGUGGAAAAUGAGCGUCCACCAUUCAGGGCUUUGCCAAAACUUUAUCCUUAUGGAUUAAAAGAUUUAAUUGAGGAAUGUUGGGAUGGAGAACCAUACCGAAGACCAACGUUUAGGCAAAUAAUCGAGAGGUUGGAUAAGAUCAGCAACCAUCUUGCUCAAAAGAGGUGUUGGAAGGCUCUGACUCCUCCAUGCAUCCGGAAUCUGGAGACCUUGUUUAAGGGGUAUCCUACAAGUCCUGGUAGCCGAUCAGCUCGCUCUACAGUUAGAUAAACAAUUGCCCAUACAAAGCAACAAGAACCUCAAUUUUGUAGUUUCAAGAAGGAAAAAAUAUACACCGGAUCGUGGUUUCCAUAUACUUCCAUUUGUGAUUCAUGUGUACUUUCUUUAUUUUUUGAAUAAUAGUAACUUCCAAUUGUGUUUGGAUAACUGUUGUAAUGAGAAAUUACGAUCUCUUUAGUUUUUCGUAGAAGUUAUUUUUUCUAGCUUACAAAAACACAUUAAAUUGUUAUUUCGUGAGUUUAUUUUUAUUGAA